AAAAGUAAAUAAUGUCAGCAUACAGAACUGAAGAAACGAUAACAUAAUCUGUAACAAAAGAAAUAAACGUCUAAUACAGAGAUGCAAGUAGCAGCGAAUAGUGUAACACUUAAAUUAUUUUCUUUUUGUAGAAAUUACAUUGCCUUAAGAACAAUGGCUGCAUCUAAACCAGAAUAUCUCAUAAAUGACUCUAAAUAUUCAUUUUUAAAAGAAUUAGGGCUGCAGGAAACCAACUUAGGAGUCUUCGAUGGUACAUGGAAAGGUUCUGGAAAGGUAGUUCAAUCGAUAUGCCCAAGUAACGGCAAAGUCAUCGCAGAAGUGAAACAGGGAGAUGUAUCCGAUUACGAAUCAUGCGUCCAAUCUUCAACAUCGGCUUGGAAUGUGUGGGCUGACCUCCCUGCACCCAAACGAGGAGAAAUUGUGCGUCAAAUUGGAGACGCCCUUCGCAGUAAACUUAUUCCUUUAGGAAAAUUGGUCUCGAUUGAAAUGGGUAAAAUUUUACCGGAGGGUAUUGGGGAAGUUCAAGAAUACGUCGACAUAUGCGACUACGCCGUGGGUCUUUCCAGAACAUUAGCAGGUGCUAUAUAUCCUUCAGAACGACCUGGACACGUUUUACUAGAAAAAUGGAACCCCCUGGGACUCAUAGGGGUAAUAUCUGCAUUUAACUUCCCCAUUGCUGUUUACGGAUGGAACAGUGCAGUAGCAAUGGUUUGCGGCGAUACAAUCUUGUGGAAAGGUGCCGAGACGACACCGUUAGUGUCAGUAGCAACAACGAAAAUUGUUGCUAAUGUGCUACAAAACAAUGGGCUUCCUGGGGCUGUAGCAGCUCUAUGUUGUGGAGGCGCUGACAUAGGUAAAGCGAUGGCAGCGGACAAGAGAAUCAAAUUAUUGUCAUUCACCGGAAGCACCCACGUUGGGCAACAGGUGGGUGUCGAUGUACAAAAACGAUUCGGCAAACACUUACUAGAACUCGGCGGCAACAAUGCUAUAAUCGUUGCAGACGACGCCGACUUAAACAUGGUAGUACAAGCAACGUUAUUCGCUUGCGUCGGCACGGCAGGUCAAAGAUGCACCUCAACACGAAGAUUGAUCUUUCACGAAAAUGUAUACAAUGAAGUGCUUGGACGUCUAACGCAAGCUUAUAAGCAAGUUGUAAAUAGGAUAGGGGAUGCUUUGGAUGACAAUACACUCAUUGGACCUUUACACAGUAAACAAUCUUUAGAGAAGUAUAAGGAAACCGUGGCGGAAAUACAAAAGCAAGGUGGAAAAAUUGAAUUUGGUGGAAAGGUACUAGAAAGACCAGGCUAUUUCGUCGAACCGACAAUAGUAACCGGUCUGAAACAUAACAAUCCUCUGGUGCACAAUGAAUGCUUUGCACCUAUUGUGUACGUGUUAAAGGCUGAAAGUGUACCCGAAGCUAUAUCAUGUAAUAACGAGGUACCGCAGGGAUUAUCGUCGAGCAUAUUUACGCAAAACAUCGGAAACAUAUUUGAGUGGAUAGGACCUAAGGGUUCGGAUUGCGGAAUAGUGAACGUAAAUAUACCCACUUCCGGAGCGGAAAUAGGAGGAGCUUUUGGUGGUGAAAAAGCUACAGGUGGAGGUAGGGAAUCCGGCAGCGACGCAUGGAAGCAGUACAUGAGAAGGUCCACGAUAACGAUCAAUCACUCGAAGGAUCUUCCCUUGGCACAAGGGAUUAAAUUUGAAUAACAUUUUAAAACUUGUGUGAAGUUUUCCGGUUCCAUAUAUUUUGAUAAAAAAAUUCUAAAUAAGUAACUAUUCAAAUUUAUCACAUUCCCAGUUUUGAAGUGGUGUAUUUUAAGUUAGUUCUUUCCUUAAAUUGGCAUGAAAAUUGUUUACAGAGAGUAAGUUUUAAGUAGGGGUCAAAAUGUACAUACUUAAUAAAUAAAAAGUUUAUAAUAAAAAA